AUGGGAAAUUGCAAGUCUUAUUCUGCUCAUUUUAAUACUAAUAAAAAUAACACAAAUGAGUUUUAUGAAAAUUUAAUAUGCCAUUUUAUUAAGCAGGAUAAAAUUAAUUUGUGUCAAAAAGCUUUUGUCAUAUAUGAAUUCUUGAAAAGAAAACCUGAUAACAAGGAUGAAUAUGCCUACUACAUUGUGAGCUGCGUUCAAAGGAAGAGAGUAAAAAAUGCAGUGGUAUAUUUAAAUGAAGAUUACAACACGGAAAUUUUGAAUUUUUUGUUAAAAUUAUUUAAAAAAAUGAACAAUGAAUAUUAUAAUAAUACGAAUAAUUUCCACUUUAGUAGUUAUUAUAGCUAUUUUCUUAGAGAAGAUACAAAAUUUGCUAAUAUUUCUGAACAAAUGAAUAUAAUACAAAAGAUAUAUAAUUUUGUAAGAUUGAAAUUUAUUCUAGAAAAUAUAUGCCUGCACAUAUAUUUUGAGGUAAAUGAUGAUACGAAUGAACUUUAUGAACUGAAUAAUAAUACGGUAAAUAAAAAAUUGAACAGCAAUGAAUUAGUAGAUGAACAGUCAGUUAAAUUAUUGCACUUUGAAAAAAAUGUAAUGGGAAAAUUGUCUACGGAUAAAGGGCCAACGGAAAAAAUGUCAACAGGAAAAAAGAAUAGAACGUAUUUAAUAAAAAAUAAUUUCAAAAAGAUUGAAAAUUUUUGUAGAAAUAAAUUGCAUUGUAAUGUUUUUGAUAAUUUCAAAAUGUCCAAUGUAAUGUGUUUAUAUAUUUUGAAUAAUAAUUAUAAAAUUAAAUGUAUUUUGUAUAAUAUAUUUACCAUUUUGUUCUUUAUAAAUAAUUAUAACGCCUUGUAUGCAAUAUAUGACAACAUGAACAAGUCAGAAAAAGAGGAAAGAGGAGAACAAAAAGAACAAAAAGAACAAAAAGAACAAAAAGAACAAGAAGAACAAGAAGAACACGAACAAAGAAAUGAGUUAUCAAAAAAAAAAAAAAAAAAAAUAUUUAACAAGUUGAAAUAUUCAUUAGAAGAUAGAAAUGUGUAUGUAACGUAUUUAUUUGUUUGUUUAUGUAUAAGCUUUGAUCAUAAAAUUGAAGAAGAAGUGCUGUUUAAUACAAAUUUUAAUGUAAAUAAAAAAGAAAUAAAUUUUAUGAAUUAUGUGAAAGAAUUUUUGGAUAUAUGCACAUUUUCACACAAAAAAUUAAACAAAUUUUUUACACAAGAAAUUAAAGAAAAGAAAAAAUAUCACUGUUCAUUGAGAAUUAUCCAAAAUUCGUACAUCAACAAUAAUUUAAUAAAUUCACAUUACAUAUGUCAGAAUCAAUAUAUAAAAAGUAUUUUAAAUAUUGGAAAUAGUAAUUAUUUAAUAAAAGAUAAUAUGGUGAUAUUCUGUUUUAUAUUAUUUGAAAAUUCUGAUAGUGUCCUUUCUCUUACAGAUAGUAGAAAAAAGAGCAACGUUGACAAGAAUGAUAAAUCAUUUUUUGAAAGUAAUAGUAGUUUUUUUGAAAAAGGACAUUUAUUGAAUGAAAAAAAAAAAAAAAAAACAUUAAGAAAAAAGUUCUGGAGAAAAUUAUUACCAAUUAAGAAUUUUACAGAAAAUAGCCAAAAGCAUUAUGGUGAUGAAAAUAAAACAGAAGGAAAUAUUAGAGUACAGUCCUUAAAUUCGGAUGUCAAAAAAAUGGAAUUUAUUGAAUUUGAUUUAAAUAAUAUAGGGUUUUUUAAGAUUGAUUUAUAUAAUCUCAGUUUUGCUAGUAAGGAAAAUUUUGAGCAUACUAUUGAGAAUUAUAUAAAAUUAUAUACUAUUAAAAAAAAAAAUAAUAAUUACAUUUAUGUAAAAAAAAAAAUUGAAAAUAAAAUUGAUUACCAGUUGGUAGAAACUAUGAAAGAUAAUUACACACACAUAAUAAAUGUUUUAAAAACUAUGAGAAAUAAAGAAAUAUGUUACAUAUCACCUGCACAUUUUUAUGAUGAAUCGUAUGAGAAAACCAAAAAAAAGGAAAACAGAACAGAAGAAAAUGCUAGUUAUAUACAUAUUGAAAGUAAUGAUAUUUCGAACAAAUCCAAAAGUACUGAUAAAACAUUUAAAAAGGAAGGAGAAUAUAGCAAUUCCGUAUCAAAAAAUUAUGUGCAUUCCGUUAAUUCGGAGUCUAAAAAUUACUUGAAUGAAGAAAAUAAUACUAGAAAUUUAAAUGAAUCCGAAGAAGGUAAAGAAAAUCCUUCUUUUUCCAAAACAGAAAAUAAAAUAAAAAAGCCUUUUUUCAUAGGCAUACAUGACACGUUUGUCCCUUUUGAUAUGGAAAAAUUAAUUUUAAAAUCAAGUUAUUUUAACAACAUAGACGAGGAAAUAAUUAAAAAAAAAAAAAAUUUAUAUAGAGUAGUGCACAAGCAUGCAAGGGUUAAUAUUAAAAAAGAGAAGAUUAACACAAUAUUAGAGAAUGAAAAAGGGCAGGGGAAAAAAAAAAAUGAACAACUGUACACAAAAGAGGAGAUAAAUUCAGAGAAUGCCAAUUUAAAGAAAAAUAAAUGUGUGGAAUACAGAGAACAUGAUAAUGAUGGUAAACUUGACAAUAUUUUAAGCAAAAAAUAUAUGGGCUAUAAGGAAAAAAAGGGAUAUUUUUGUAUGCAUAAUUCUGAUGUUAAAAAAAAAAAUUUAUGUACACUACAUUUUAGCAAAAAAAUAUGUGAAGACCCAAAUUUGUUAAGCUCAUUGGAAGAGAUUAAAUGUGAUAAAAAGGUAAAUAGGAUAUUAAAAAAAUAUAACAUUACACACAGUGCCAAACACAUUCAAGUACUUAUAAAUAAUAUUUAUAGAACAGUAAAAUGUAAUGACGGUUUUCCAAGAAAUAACAAUAGUCAUUAUUCAGGGAAUUUCCCCCUUCAUAUGGGAAAAUCAAGUGAAAAUGAUGUAAAAGAAGGAAAUUAUAAUAAUGUAGAAAAAGAAAAGAAGGGGAAAGGACAAGGUGGAGAAGUAAGUGGAAGGGAAGAAACAGGAAAAGACAAAGAAGAGAGAGAAAUGGAAUGCAACUUGAACAAUCAGAAAAUGAAUUUAGAAAAUUAUGAAGAUGAAAUAUUUGAAAAUACCAUUGUUGAUAGUUUGAAAAUUUUUAUUCAGCAUAAACCAAUUGGUGAUAUGUGUUACUUUGUGAAUAACAAAUAUAUAAACAUUUCUUUUGAUAUGUUUAAAAUACAUGAAGGAACAAAGAAAUUAAUAUUUAGUACAUAUGUUAACUCAGAAAAAGUAGGCCUUAAAAAAGAUAUUGAAAAAAUAUGUGCAGAAAAGGUGGAUUAUACGAUUACAUUAAAUAAAAAUGAAGGUUAUAAAUAUAUAAUGGAUUUGUUAUUUUUACAUUUAAAUUAUAAUAGAUUAUAUUUUAUAUAUAUUCCUAAGAAACUAAUACAAACGAAUAGUUUGAAGUCUGAAAAGAACUUAUUUCUGAAUUUAAUGUUUUGCAGUUGUGAUAUUAUAUUAGAAAAUUUAUGUAUUACAACUGAUGAUAGUGAGAGAAACUCAUUAAUGAAUACUUUUAUUCCCCUUUAUUUUGAAAAAAACAAUUUUAUAAAACUUAUUUUAUUUCUUUUGGUGGAUAUAACAAAAAUUUAUAACAAAAUAAAAAAGCUACAGUGGUAUUUUGAAAAUAAAUGUAAAGAAUUUAUGAAAAUUUUCAAUGACUAUUUUGACAAAAAAUUAAAGAAAGUAAACUAUGAUUAUUGUAAAGAAAAAAAAAAUCACAUAUUUUCUCUUACAAACGAUUUGUUAAAAAAAACAAGUGCAAAAAAGUCAGACCAGCAGAGUAUGUUAAGUAAUGAUAUAAAUAUUUCCUCAGUAAAACGUUGCUUAAAUUUAAGUGAAAAAUAUAUUAGUACAAAGGAAGAUAAUAAUGUAGAUAUAAAAUCAUUAAUUAUUAACAUGUCAUCUACAUUAAAUUCGGAAAAUUGCACGAAUAAUGUGAAUAAUAACACCAAUAACUUUAAUAGUAACAAUAAUAAUAAUAAUAAUAGCAACAACUUCUAUGAUGGGCAUCCUAACACAUUCAACAGUUAUUAUUUAAACAAAUUAAAUAAUGAAAAUCCGUUUGAUGUUGGAUAUAUUUACAGAAAUAUAUAUAUAAAAAUAAUUGACUUGAAAUUGUAUGAAUUUAUUACAGAUUAUAUUAAUUAUAUAAGAGAAAAUAAUAGCUAUUAUUAUUUAUGCCCAUAUAUAUUUGUGUACAAAUUUAAAGGGAUGUGUUUCCUGUUUAUUCCAGUGUGCAAUAACUUUUAUUUAAUUUUCUAUCUUUUCUUUUUCCAUUUUCUUAACUGUUCAGAUUUUUUUAAUUUCAAAAGGUGUUUUAGCAAAAGUAUUAAUGAUGAAGACAUUUCAACAAUGAAUUUUACAUUCCCCAGCAAUAAUAAUUUUUUGUACAUUAAUAACAUUAUCAAAAUAUUAAAUAUUCAUAAGAAUAAUAAAAUGUAUGUGAAAUAUAUUUCAUUACUUAAAGAGAUACAAAAUAAUACCACCACUUGUCAUUAUUAUAAAUGGAAAAAAAAUAAAGUUAUUGUUGAUAUUAGAAACUCUUUUACUUCUCCUUAUUUUAUUCGCACCAAGAGUUUUAUUAGUUUUAUUGAAAGCACAAAUUUAUAUAUAAAUCUGAAGAAGUUAUAUUUGAACAAAGAUUAUAUGUUUUCUUUUAAAUUAGAUAAAAAGAGUAAGCCACCGAAUGAGAAUUGUUCAAGUGCAAACGAUAUUGUUUUCAUGUUUAAUUACUACUUUAAUAUUUAUACAUAUUUUUAUGAUGAAAAAAAAAAUAGUACAAAUAAUGAGCUGUUCCGUCAUACCAAGUACAUUAUUAUUCCGUAUUUUAAGGAUAUAUAUAUAAGUCGAAAUAAUUUACAUAUGUAUUUGAAAAUGCUUGAAAAUUCGAAUGCAGGCACCUUUUAUGACAAUAAUGACAACAAUACAACUACUAUUACUCCUAAUAAAAAUAAGAACAACAAUAACAAUAGUAAUAUUAAUAAAAGCAACAACAAUAAUAGUAAUAUUAAUAAUAGCAACAACAAUAAUAGUAAUAUUAAUAAUAGCAACAACAAUAAUAGUAAUAUUAAUAAUAGCAACAACAAUAAUAGUAAUAUUAAUAAUAGCAACAACAAUAAUAAUAAUACUAAUAAUAGAAUGUAUAUGAGCGAAGAUAUGAAAAGUACAUGCGCUUCUCACGAUAGUAAAACACAAGUUAGCAGAAAAAAUAUGAACAAAGAGGAGCAUAUGAAAAAUUUUAAAUAUUCUUUUAUUUACAACUUAUAUGAAAACUAUGGUGAUAUUUUUAUAAAUUAUUUUUAUGCAUUACUAAACAUAUUAAUUGUAGAAGCAGUGAGUGAAAUAAAAUUAAAUAAUUUUUUAAGUAUCAGUAAUUUUUUACAAAUAUUAAAAAAAUACGAAGUAAACUUUAAUAUGUAUUUUUGGGUAUUGUAUGACAGUUAUAUAAAUAUAUACAAAAAAUAUUGUGCUCAUGCGGAACUAGUAAAAUAUUUUAAUAAUAACAAUAGAAGUGAAAUGUGUGAUUUUGAUUGCGUAAGAAAAAUAAAGUACAACUAUUGCAACAAGAAAAAAUUUUAUAUUCGAAGACUACUAAUAUUUUCUGUAUGUGUAUUAUUAUCAUUUAUUUGUAAAAGUAUACUGGAUUUUUUUGUAACAUAUUUAAACUGUUCUUAUGAAAAUGUGUUUAGCAGUCUGUGCUUCUUUUUUUUUUCAAAUAGUAAACAAAGGAAAGUAAAUGAUUACAUGCAUUUGAAUCUUCAAAAAUCUAUUUAUUUUAACUUAUUUCUGUCAUUGAGUUUUGUCUUACAGUAUAUUCCGUUAAGUGUUCAAUAUUUAAAUUUAUUUAAAAUUAUAAAGAAGGUUAAAAAAUAUAAAAUAAUUUUAGCUUUUUGUUUAAAUUAUAUAUGUGGUAUAAACUUACCCUUUUACAUUUUUUAUGAACUUCAAAAUAUGCCCUUAAGUUUACUAAACGACUUUUUUUCAUUUGACAAAGAAAUAUUGAAUUUGUGUUCAAACAAUUAUGAAUUAAGUAACUCCAUAAGUGCAAACACAUUUGAAGACAUUUAUUUUGAUGAAUCAGAUUUAAAAAUAAAUGAAAAAGAACAUAUCGAAUGGAUUAAUAAACAUGGUGACUACAAUAUGUCGAAUGAUACAUUACGUUUUUUCAAGAAUAAAAAGAUUAAUAAAAAUAUCUAUAAACGUUUUCAUAAUAAAGCAGAAAAAAAUAAUAAUAUGAAUCUUAUACGUCUUAUGAUUAAAUUGCACCUUAAUUCAAUUUUAAAUGCAUUUACAUUUUAUGAUUUUAAAAAUGCUUCAGUGAAUAUAUUAAGUUAUCUAACGAAUAAUUCCCUUCAGGAUUGUUAUCAAAAUAAUAACAACAGUAAUUUUUUUAAACUAAUAUUUUCUCAUUUUGUGAAUUAUGUUUCCUCAUUCUGGUAUAAUAGAAAUUAUGAAAUUAACGAAUAUCAAAAGGCAAGUUGUUUAAUCUGUUCGAAGCAUGAAAUGGAAAGCGUACAAAAUUGUAAAAGUGAAAUAGUAAAAAAUAGACGUAUAAUAAAGUGGAAAGCAGAGCACUUGUGUGAAAAAAGAAAUGAUCAUAUAAAAGAAACAGAUGUUCUUUUAAAUAAUUAUUAUAAUUUAUUUAAAGUAAGCACAGAUUUACUAUUUUUUGGUGAACAUAAAUUAAUGGAAAAAAACAUUUUUGAAGUUUUGCUAAACAUAAUGGAAAUACAUUAUUCUCAUUUAUUAAUUAUUUUACCAAUAUUUACGAAACAUAUAUUUAACCUCUUAACGUACGAUUUAAAAAUUUAUUUAAUAAAUAUUUUUUUCUACAUAUUUACAAGAACAGAUAUGUAUAACAUAAGAAGCGUGAGUAAUGUUAAAAAUAAAACGAAAAACAUAGCGGAAAGCAGAAUGGGACAUAGAAUGGAAAUGACGAUAGAAAGAAAAACGGAAAAUGAAAUGGGAAAUUUUAGAAAAAUAAAUAAAAAUAAUUUUACGGAACAAAAGGAUAAUGAUGUAUUCGAAUUUAAUAAAAAGGAUAAUAUUAAUGUUAAUAACACAAAUUCAAAAGACUUUUUGAUGAGGCCAUUUGAUUGUUAUUCAACAAACAACUAUUUCGAAGUAAUGGAAAAGCAAAAGAUCUAUACCUUAAAUGAUGAUAAAAAUGAAUUUGAAUACAAAAAUGAAAUGGAAAUCGGAAAUGAUACCGAAUAUGAAAUAGAGAAUAAAAGUGUAACUCAAAUUGAAGCUGAAACACAGACCGAGACUGACACAGAUUUGGAAGUAAUAAAUGAAAAUGUAAGAGAAGAAGGAAUAGCGAAUGAAAAGAAAAGAAAAUCUUCAAACAGUUUUAAAGAAAAAUUAAAAAUUGUCCUAUUAGAUAAUGAUUAUAAUGUGUACCUCAUAGAAUUUUUCUUUAAAAUUGUUUUAAGAAUAAUUCCCUUUUUUAAAAUUAAUAAAAGAGGUAAACAUUUGAAGAUAAACAGUUCCACAAUUAUUUACAACUUAAAAAUAAUAUUGAGUUUCUUAAGAUCAUUUAAAAAUGUUAUUUUAUCAAUGAAAAAUAAUUUUUAUAUAUUUAUCUAUUAUUUUUUUAUAAAAGGAUAUAUAUCACUACUUUUAUUAAAUGCACACAGAGCGCUGAAGUAUUUUAAAAAAGUGUUUGUUCUUAUUAUAUUCUUUUUCGGGAAUCCUGUAAACUCCAUAAACAGUCACCCAUUUUUAAUAUAUGUAACAUACAUUUUAUACGUUUUAACAAUUUUAUCCAAGUUAAAUAUGGCAAAUUUUUUUGGACAUAUAAUUAAAAAGGAGAAAAAAGAAUUCCUUAACGAUACCCCCAAAAAGGCAUGUUCAGGUGGUGGUUAUAACGAUCCUAGGUAUAACGACAAUUGUAAAAAUAGCGAUGACAGCAGUAACGAUGACAAUAAUAAUAAUAACGGUAAUAAUAAUAAUAAUAAUAAUAAUAAUAAUAAUAAUAAUAAUAAAAGCAACAAUAACAACAGUAAUAACACUAAUAGCGAUGAUGAGGAGACCUACAACGGCGACGAAAGGAAAAAUGAUAAAUUGUGUAGCAAUAAAAAGACGUGCUUUAACAAUACUUGGAUGAAGCAGAAAUACGAAAUAUGGAUGCAUUUGGAAAUAAUUCGUACCAUUAAAAGAAAUUACGUAAGAUUUAACAAUAACAUAUAUUUAGUGCCCUUGAAUUAUCUUUUUAUAAACAUGAAAAAACUUUUCAAGAAAUACGCAAAUGAAAAAGAACUGCAGAAAUUAGCGAAUAUGGACGAUAAUGGUGUUGUAGAUAAUUAUUUAAAAAAAACAAACAAGAUAAAUACAAUAAAAAAGGAAAAAUAUGAUGACAAUUCUUCUUUAAGGGAGUUCAAUAUAAAUGAUAAACUAGAAGAUAGAAACAUAUUUAUAAAUAUUAACAACAAUUUUGUAUCAUUAUACCCAACAGCUAAAAAUGUGAAAGUUCCCAAAAUAUACAUUAAGGGAGAUAUUGAUAAAUCGUUUUUAUCUACCACUGAUUUGGAUAAAAAAAAAAAUUUACAUGAUCCGAAUUUUUCUAUUGAAGAGAAAAAUAUAAACUCGAAAGAAAUUAAAUACGAUUUUAAAGAAGAUAAAAAAAAGAAAGAAGCAGAACAAAAAGAAGAGAAGAAAGAAAAACAAAUGGAAAAGCAUAACGAAGAGCAAAAUGAACAACCAUAUGGGAGAGAGAGACAAAAUAAAAAAAAUACAUUUUUAAACGCGAAUAAAUCGUCAAAAAAAAAUUUCCUCGAUGAGCAAACUGAAUACAUGAAAGAUAUAUACUCUAAAUCAUUACACGGACGCAUUGGUAAAAAGGAUAUGAGCAAUUUAUUAUUAUAUAAUAUAAUUUACAUCAACAAAAUGAACCGAAAAUUAAAUAAUUGUAAAUUCGUUUGUUUUAAUUUUAAAUAUUACCAUUUUAAGAAAAUUAUAUCAGAUUACAAUAAAUAUUAUAAAAUAAUAUUAGAAACUUUUAAGAGGAAACUGUGCGAAAAUUAUUAUGCAUAUACAUUUGGAAAUAACGAAAAUGGAAGUCUUGCAAUUGGUAAACCAUCUUAUCUAAAAUUGUCACCAACUAUAGGUUCUAUAGGUUACGAGAAAAAUAAGAAAAGCGUAAAAAAGGGUUCUGAUUUUUGGUUUACUAAUAAUUUACAGCUAAUUCCAAUUAAAAUAAAAAGAAUAUGUAUGAAUGAAAAUAUGAUUUCAAUUAUUGAUAAGAAACAUAACUUAUAUAUUGGUGGUGAUAAUACUUUUAUUGAAACAAGAAAUGAAAUAUAUUUUAAAGAUAAGAAUGAGAAAUCAAAAAAAAGGAUGAAAAAAAAUAAAAUAAAAAAUAAUAGUAGAACAAACAUGAAUGAAAAAAUAGAAAUUGAUAAAUACUUUACGAAUAUAAGGUUGAAAAAAAUAAAUAAACAAGAAAAUGGCUUUCCUGAUUACAAUAGCUCUUCUGGAGAUAGUGACAAUUUAUUAUUUGGAAAUUCAGUAACAUAUAAUGAGAAUACAAAUUUUUUGAAACCAAUUUUUCAUUGUAAAAAUUAUGUUGAAUGUUGUAAAGAUGUAGGAGAUAAAAAUAGAGAUAGAAAUACAUGUAAUUGCAAUACUUGUUGUUCCCUGUUAAAUGGUACUUGUGAUAUUUUCAGUUCUUGUGAAAGUGAUCUAUACUCUUCUUUUGAUAGUGACGAUAGUGAUGUUACAUAUAUCAAGAUUAAUGACGUUGAUGAAAUUAAUAAAAAUAUGAACAUAAAAAUUUUAUUAAACAGUAAUAAAGACAAUUCAUUUUAUGUAAAAAAAAAAAAUUAUUCCUUAAAAAAGAUUUCAAUAGAUGAUUUUAAUAUUUAUAACAGUGUAUUAUAUUCUUCAUCCUACGCAAACCAAUAUUUAGCAUAUGUUCUACCAGAUCAGAAAUCUUCCUUGAAAGCAGUGAAAAAAUAUUUCAAUCAAAUUUCUAAUAAAUUUUACAAAGAAAAAGUUAAUAGUAAAUUUAAAAGUCAAUCAAAAGAAAACAUGAACGAAGAAAAAAGAAAUUGUGAUGAAUAUAAAUAUGCAAAAAUUAAAUAUCUACAUGGAGAAAAACAAAAGGUGGAUGAUAAAGGAAGCUUUAAGAAAAAUGUGUUAUCAACAAAAGGAAAGAAUGAAAGAACAUUAUUAGACAAUAAUCUUAGUAGUAAUAAAUUCAUAUAUAAUUUUAUACAUGACAUUAAAACUAGAAUAAAAUUUGUCGAUAUCUAUAACGGUUCAGAUUUCGUUAUAUCCAUAAAUAAUUUUGGACAUGUAUACGCAUGGGGAAAUAACAAAUACGGAUGCUUAGGGACUGGUGAUAAUGUCAAUAGGUAUGCCCCCACGUUAAUUAAUCCUGGCCAUUUUUUUUUAUAUGAUUUUGAAAAAUUGCAGAUACAUACAAAUUAUAAAACAGAGAUUAAAAUUAAAGGAUUAGACAAAAUGAAUAACAGAUGGUGUGAAAAUAUUUUGUAUAAUUCUUUAAUUAUUGAAGCAAUAAAGAAAAAUAUGCGUAACAAAAAAAAAAAUACAGAAAAUACUUCAAAGGAGGCUUCUGUAAAAUGUAAUGAAGUUGAUGGAAAAUCUGUUAUUUCAAGCAAUUUUCUAAACACAAACAAAUAUAAAGAUGAAGAUUUUUUUACAUUAAAAACAAAUAGCAUUUAUACAUCGGAACACAUGUUUAAUUUUGAAAACUUAGAAGUUAAAAAUGUAGUUAUAAGUGUACACAAAAUUUAUGUCCCUAUUAGUUCUAUUUUUUGUGGUAGCAAUCAUGUUUGUGCAUAUUCUAAUGGAUCCAUAUUUAUGUGGGGUGAACAAAAGUUAGGUCAAACAUCUAUUCCUUUUGAAAAUAUUUAUUUUGAUAAUUUUAAUAAAUGUGAAUUUUCAGAUAGUGAUUCAAAUAACAAUUGUAAAACACAGAAAAGUGAAAAUAUGGAACUAACCCAAAAAAAUAAAACAUCAGAACUUUUAUCAUCCUCUUCCUCUACAUCUUCUGAAAGUUACUACUUUAAUAUGAUAGAUAAGAAGAAAAUAGAAAAUAUAAAAAAUAAGUUUAACAAAAAUAAAGUUACAAUUUGCAAAAAAAAAUUUAGUUUUAACAUUGAAAAUCCAAUUCAAAAUAAUUUUAAUAUAACAAAUAAUGAUAUAUUUCUCAACAAUAGAAAAUUAAAAUUAUGCUCAAAUUUUAACUCAAUGAACAAUAUAAAGAGAAAAAAAAUUAAUAAUAAUUUAGUUCUUGUGCCAAUUCAAGUCUGUUUAUUUAAUUUAUCAUAUAGAGUUAAAAAAUUUGAGAACUCUAAUGAUAAACUUACUAGUAGUAUCGAAUGUACUGAAACUAAGGAGAAACACAAUGUGCAAAAGUUGAUGAGUUUAAAUUAUAACUUAUCUAAUUUCCAAAAUUAUCAAGGAGAUGAUUAUAAUAAAAACAUUAACAGAAAUUCUCAAAAAAAAAUUGAAAGUGAAAAUACAAAUUUAAAAAAAAAAAAUUAUUACAUUAGAAUAUUCGAUUACCUAGAAACAUUUAUAAAAGCAGAAGUAGUAAAUAUAUAUAUGAGUCUUUUUAGAAAUGAUAUAAAUAUCUAUACGAAUAUUCCAAACAAUGGUAAUAUAAAUCCAUACAUAUAUGGAAUGACGUUUUAUGAUUACAACUUUUAUGAUGAAAAGUAUAUGAAUAUUCAAGAUUAUUAUAGUAAAACACAAAAUAAAAAAGAAUUUACAGACAGAAGCAAUAAAAAUUUAUAUCAUAAAAAUGAAAAUUAUUACAAUGUUCGUGAAGGUUUAAAUAAAAAAUUAAAUGAUGAAAAAUGCACAAAUAUACAGGAUAACGAUUCGUUAAAUGAACCAAAAAAUGUUGAUUUACUUAAUAUUGAUGACCCAAGUAAAUUUGUAAAAUUAAUGAAAGAGAACGAAAUUAUUAAUCCACAAAUUUAUGAAUAUAUCGAAAAAGAAGAAACUGUAUGCAUUAACGUUAAAUUAAUAAUUUUUUUAUUUCUAUUUAUAAAAAAGAAGUACAUGACCAUUUUCUUGAACAACUUUCUAAUGGUGUCAAAUGUGUCAUGUGGUGAAGCAAAUACAGUAAUAACUUGCUUUAAGAAGAGUAUUUAUGAUAAAUACUAUCAAUAUAUAAUGAAAAAUAUUACCUGCUCAGGAAAUUAUAAGCAUAUGGAAAAUGAAAAACUUAAGUCAAAAAUAAAAGGAACUUUUCCAGAAUAUUAUUUCAGCUCAGGAAGUGAAGAAAGCAAUUUAAUAUAUAGAAAUGACAUAUAUGAUAUAAAAAACUACACCAGUACAAUUGUAAAUUGGGGAGAUAAAUCAUUUGAUGAAUUUAAACUUAUAAACUCAACUUAUUCAUGUUCCGACACAUCACGCUUAUAUCGUAUAAUAGAAGAAAUAUUGGCACAUUAUAUGUGUAUUUAUGUAUGUGGUAGGGAUACAAAUAAUAACUUGUGUAUAAAUAAUAUUAACCAAAGUGUAUACACAUUCGCUCGAAUUACAAAUAAUUUUUUUUAUUACAACUUUAAUAAUUUUUUAUUUCUCUACAAGUACAAUUAUUACCUUUAUUAUAUAUAUAAAAACAAUGUUCAUAUUAAUCAUAACAAUGAUUCGAGUUAUAUAAAAAAUAAUCCCCUUACUUCAUAUAAAAAUAGAUUUAACCUAUUUACAUCUAAUGAAAAUACCGUAAAUGUAACAAAUCCGAAAACGCAAGGUAAUUUACCAAAUCAAUUUAUAAUAAUAAAAAAGAUUGUCUGUAGUAACACUGUAACUUGUUUGCUUGAUACACGUAGUAAUAUUUACCUAGCCGGAGACCUAAAAUAUUACUUUCCGAAUUAUUUUCGUCACAUAGCUUAUGGAUCAUCACCAUUUGUUAAAAUUAAUUUAAAUGAUACAAAAACUAUAAAAAAUGUAUCAAUUAACCAAAAUAAUAUAUUUUUGAUAUAUGAUGAUAAUUCCAUAAAAAUAUUAGGCUAUAAUAAUUAUAUUGAUUUCUUUAAAUAUAAUCAUCCUAUAUUUUUUACGAAUAAACAUAACCAAAAGCAUUCACAUAAUGUAGUGUCCAUACAAAAUUCCGAUUUUUUAGUAAAGCAAGUACAAUCUGGAAAUAAUUGCAUUGUUCUUGUUAUGAAAAAGAAAAAAGGGAAGCGAAAUCCGAAGAAAUCAAUUAAAUACUUGAAUUAA